GCUGCUGCUGCCAGGGAAACACACACUGAUUGUGCGCGUACACACAAACACACACACGCGAGAGGCAGCGAGCAUCAGUCAGAGAUUCACACACACCCCAAAACCAGACCCUCUCUGCUGUCUUCAUCUGUUAGUGCGAGAGCCGUGGAGCGCAGGAGGCGAUGUAAAACCAAAACAAAGGGCGAGAACGAAGAGAGGGACGAAUCUGCGAGGCACAGCAUCGUCUGCCUGCCUUUCUGUCUGUCUGUCUGCCCCUGCACAGCAGUAGUGAGCCAUGCCGCUGGUAAAGAGGAGUAUUGAGCCCAGGCACCUGUGCAGGGGAGCUCUGCCUGAUGGAGUCACCAGUGAGCUUGAAUGCGUCACCAACAGCACCCUGGCUGCCAUCAUCAAACAGCUCGGCAGCCUCAGUCGUCAUGCGGAGGACAUCUUUGGGGAGCUGUUUAAAGAAGCCAACAGCUUCUACCUGCGGAUGAACCACCUGCAGGAGCGUGUAGACCUGCUGGCUGUCAAAGUCACCCAGCUGGACUCCACUGUGGAGGAAGUUUCUCUGCAGGACAUAAACAUGAGGAAGGCAUUCAAGAGCUCCACCACUCAGGAUCAGCAGGUGGUGUCCCGAACCUCCAUCCCCAACCCCGUUAUGGAGAUUUACCAUCAUGGAGACAAACCUCCUCCACUCAAUAUCCUCAGUCCAUACAGAGAUGACAAAAAGGAUGCAUUGAAGUUCUACACUGACCCCUCCUACUUCUUCAACCUGUGGAAGGAGAAAAUGUUGCAAGCCACAGAGGACAAGAGGAAAGAGAAGAGACGACAGAAGACAAGCGCUCCAGCCCAGGCUCACUCGGCCCAGUCUAAGUCCAGGCAGGUCCAUCCUAGAAGCCCCCUCUGCUCCGCUGAGCAACAGAAGCAGGUGGAAGAUCCAAGUCGGGUGGUAAAGAAGGUUCGGAAGGCUCGCAAUCGCAGGCAGGAGUGGAAUGUUUUGGCAUAUGAUAAAGAAUUUCGCCCCGAUGCUCGAUUCACACCCUCUCCAUACCACGGCAUGUCCUCAGAGGGGUCACUCUCGCCUGACAGCAGGUCAGUGGCGUCAGACAUGGGUGAUCACUCGUACCCUGGCAGCCCGAGCCGGCCAGUGCAGCAGACAGCUCCCUCCAGCACGUACUCCAGCAGUGAGGGGAAGGAGCUUCUCCUGGCCCCGACACAGAGCCAGACGCAGAGCCUGGAGCAAGGCUACAGGCCCUCAGGCACACUGUCCACUCCAGCAGGCAGACAGACACUGGGCAGGGUCCAAUCUUCACACGGCUCCACAGCCACAGAUUCAGCCCUCAAUGGCCCUCGGCCCACACAGGCUAAAGACUACAGUGGUCCGCAAGUACAGCAUCCAGAGUACUUCAUCCCCCCUGCCCCUCCUCCCCCUCCUCCCAUCAUCCCUUCAGCUCAGACGGCUUUCGACAGCCCCUCAGCCCCAUCCUCACUGCCCCCAAGCGCUGUGGCCUCACUGUCCCGCUCCUACAGCCCCUCACCCCCAACCCCUGCCCUUCCAGCCUCAUACACCCCCUCCCCUGCCCACCCACCACCUGCUGCCCCACCUCCACCCCCUCCCGGACCCCCCACUCACCCACACCCUCACACACACAGCCUGCCCCAAGCUCCGGCCGAGGCGGCGGCCCCCAGGAAGGGCCCAGUUCCCUUGAUCCCCAUGAGCGAUGCACGCAGCGACCUGCUUGCCGCCAUCAGACGAGGUAUACAGUUGAGAAAGGUGCAGGAGCAGAGAGAGCUGGAGGCUAAGAAAGAGCCAGUGGGCAACGAUGUGGCCACCAUCCUGUCCCGCCGCAUCGCCGUGGAGUACAGCGAAUCAGACGAGGACUCCGAGCUGGACGAGAACGAGUGGUCCGACUGAGGGAAGAGGAGAGAGAGGGAGACACCAGCAGAUGAGAAAACAGGAGGGGGAAUGAAGGGAGAGGAUGAGAGACAGAAGGAGGAAUGAAGGGAAAGGAUAAGAGGACAGAAGGAGGAAUAGAGGAGAGGAUAAGAAGAUAGAAGGAGGAAUGGAGGGAGUGGAAGUGUGGGAUGGAGAUUUUCCGGACUGCGUAACUUGAUGUAGCAGACAGAUGCUUUUCUCAAAGCAGAACCGAAGCCCCCAGUCUUUGUGCAUGUCAUCAUCCACAAGCAGCAGAAGCUUAAGAUUGUUAUAGUAAUACAUGAUCACUUGGGCAGUUGCAGCUAUUAUAAGAUUCAGUAUUUUAAAGAUGAGUUAAAGUAAAAUGUUGUAUAGUUCUUGUAUAGUGUUCAGCAGGUUGACAGAUUGUUAGGCCACACAUACAGGCACAGGUGGCAGCAUUCAGAUUAUGAUAGGGUUGCGCUGAUACAACUUUUUCUCUCCCAAUACUGAUUUCAGUAUCUGAACUCAUACUGUCAACCGAUCCGGGUCUCUGGCAUUCUGGUUUUGUAGUAGAGAAGUACAUAGACAUACAGUAGAGGCUAUUAUUGUCCUGAUCUCAUCCAAAGGAUCUGGAUCUGAGCUGGUCAAGGCAUCCUUUAAUGGAUAAGGUAUCAGUUAUUUUGAGCCAAAUCUAUUUCCAGUCCUUUUUUUGCGUUCUGCACCACUGUUGUAGAGGUGAAGUAAACAAGCAUCUCCAACAACCUGCGGAGAUGAGGCAUGUUUUCAGAAGUUUACAGAGAUCUAAUUGUCUGGCUUGUGAAAUUAUUUUACAGUGGAAUAUGACAACUCUGCAGUGACAGUGGCUUAGCUGUGUUUGAGCUAGACGCAUUGCAUUGAACGCUGGCACAUAACAUAUUAGAGAGCAGCUAUUGCUAUAGCCUAUUUUUGCCACUUACCAUGAGUAGCAUGCCACUAGAAGCACAUACAAAAAACACCAUGUUUUUUACUCGCAACUGGAGGAAAACUAGUUGCAGUGUUCUGCCUUACCAGACAGCGCGUUUCUUGACAGAGUACGCUGUGCACAGAAAGUGAAGAGAUUUCACUGCAGAGUAUUACAGUAGCAGAAUCAUCAGAUAGGUCUCAGUAGAUCGUAACAAAUAUUAAGACAUACCUAGUAGAGGCUAAUGUACCAUGAUUUACCACUGUUUUUAGGAUUGUGUAAAUGAAUAAUGUUGCAGAUCAAAUGUAGAUCCGUCACAAGGUUAGUAUCGGUGCUGAUACCGAGCCUGUUUAUCAGAUCAAAGCUAAAUUUUGUAAUGGAAAUUUCUAAUUGGAACAAAGUCUCUUAGGUUUUGUCACAGCUUACAUUACUGAGUGUCCCCAGCAGGAUGCAGCCCACAGUCCAUGACUCUUUUGCAAUCAGUCACGCUCCGUGUGUUGUUGCCGUCUGCUCAGUUCACAGCUCCUCACCCUCACUUUCAUUCUCUCCAUCUCUCUUCUUCACUUUUUUUUUCCUUGCCGUUCUUCGCAAUUUUCUCUCUCCUCUCCGAGAUGGACAGCUGUGACAUCAGUAACAGCAUUGAGAAGAAGCAGCUGGUUUGCUGGUCAUUCGUGAUGUGGCUGAGGACUCUUCCGAAAGAAAAACAGCCUGAAAAAGUGUGUUACAGGCUAAAAGCUGUUCAAAUGUACACACACACACAAACAUACACUUUCCAUCAAGAACAGUUCUGAUUUUCACUCUUUGCCCUCUUGGAAGUCAUACCAAAAAUCUGAGUUGCUUAAAUAAUGGACCUAUCUGUGCUCCGCCCACUGAUGUGUUCUUUUGUAGCAUGUGUGACUAGAUUAGACAGGUUUUACACAAUGUUGGCCAAAAUUCUCUUGAACCAAAUGAGAUAUUUGUGAACAAGUUUGUACCAGAUUACCUCCAAUUAGGAUGUAUUAUUCAUGUCAUAAUUUGUAUUAGGGCUGUGCAGUAUAAUGGUAAUAAAGUAUACUGCGGAAUUAAAAAUGGUGCUGGUUUUUCAAAAUUAUGAUGUGAAAUUUUUAUUCCACAUCUAAACAGCCAAAUAAACCCACUUAAAUUUUAGAGGGGCUCACUAACUGGUGGUGAGGGAGCUCACCAAUAGGUGGCGCUGAUAGAAAGAGGGGGGAAAAUUAGAGCCACAAGAAACCUCACAAAAACUAAGCAUGAUACGACGAAAAAGAGCUACAAACACCACAUGAUUUCAGCUUUCACUCUAACAGCAGUCACUUAACUCUGCACUCUGAGAUAUCCUUUAAAUGGGUGUCAUUUUAGCAACAGAAAGCUGGAACCAAGUCUGUGCUGUGAUGUGUGUGGCAUUUGGCCUAAUGACUAAGCUAAUGUUAGCUUAGCCAAAACACUGCAGUCCCAAAAUGUCACUCCAACACGAGUCACUCCACUUUCGCUCUCUCAGACAUUAGUUUUUAUCAUCUACACUCAACUACAUACUGUGGUGUAUGGCAUUAGCAUUCUGCUAACUAAAGCAAAUAUACAAGUUUAGAUGAUAAUGAUUCAAAUUUUAGGGAGUGAAGUCCAGUAACUGGCGUUUUUAAAUUAAAUACGUUCUGUAGUUUUUGGAUCUGUAGCCCAAUCGGCUAACUUAACGUUACCAGGCUACAGAACCAAACACCACACAGUGUGUUUAAUUUUGUCUUUCUGUCCUUCCAACGACAGUUACUCGACUUCACUCCCUAAGAUUUGAAUCAGUAUCAUCUAAACUUGUGUCGGUACUUAGUUAGCAGAAUCAAACAUGUUCUGUGGUGAGCAGAGCUGUUAUUGUGCUAGCUAAGCAAAUACUAACCAGCUCUUCCUAUUUUUCUAUGCUUCUAAAGGCUCACAGUUAAGACAGAUUGAAUAUAGAUUGUUUUUCGUGUAAUCAUGCUAAAAUUAGCAUGUUAGCAUAACAUUUUAAACUGGAAGCUCAACAUUAUGUAGCAACAGGAAACAAAGCAUGCUACAGUUUCUCAAUAGGUUGAAUGGAAUUUUAGCCAAUGUUCUGUAAAGCUUGCCCAGCCUAGCAACAGUUGCUAUGAAAGCACGCAUUUGUGGGUGGAGCAUGGAUAGGUCAAUUCAGUCUGAGGUGCCAAUGCAUCAAUAUCUGUGGGCCACUUGCUCAUGUAGAGCCUAAAAAGACAACAAAAGUCUACCUAGAUACAUAAACUCUGAUUUUUUUUUGGUUUAUUUUCAUGGAAUAAUUUAUCUUUUACAAUAUUUCAGCAAAGGAUAUUAUUACACUGUAAAGACAAUCUGGGUUAUAUAUUACUUACACGAUAUGCUUCCUUUAAAAAAGUUUUAUUUUGUGAAAUGAUAUAAUUUAGGAUAUCUUUAAUGCUAAACUGAUGAUUUAAGAUUGGGUGUGUUUUGUUUCUCAUACCUUAAAGCAUUCUCUCUUUUUGGAAGUACUCUGAAUACCUACAGUAGAUUUGCAGUGCAUUGUAUUGAUGAUACAUCCUACAUAGGAAUUUUUAAAGUAUUACUCUGCACAUCUUUUACUGUUUUUCUGUGUAGCAUUCCAAAAAAGAUAUAACAUUCCACUGUAGGUAAAAAGGGUCCCACUGUCUGCAGUUAUACGGUAAGAUUUCAGAGAUUUUGCUGUAGCAGAAUCUGUACAGUAGCCACAUUUACCAUACAAGCCCAACAGGUGCAUCUCUGUAUUCACAAUAGUAAUGGUUAGACAUGCUUUCACCUGUUUUGACUGAAGAAAGUUUGAGGUGAAUUCCAUUGCCUUUUAGUUUCUUUCGGUGCUUUCAUUUAAUUUUUUUUUUGAGAAACUAAAGUGUACAGAAUGAGAGCACCUAAAUAUUUUAGCUUUCUUUUAUUUAUUUGCUUAAAUUUGCCAGUCAGCUGGCUGCACAAAAGAGGAAGCAUCAACUUACACUUAAUCUAAACCUUUAGCUAUAUAAAGACUUGUGUGUAUGGCCUGCAGUUUGUAUGUAAAAUGUCUUCUGUGUUUUAAACAGUGUGUUAUAUAGAAUUUUGGUAAAACUGCUUGUAAAGUGAUUUUGCUGAUCUGAAUAACAGACAACAAGCAUUUAAUGUGUCUUUAAGAAGAAGCUGUAGGCAAAAUACAGUAUGCAUGUCUCGAUGACCAAUAAAAUAUCACAAAGACACA